GCCGCCGGCGGUCCCGAGCCGCCGCCAUGAGCUAUAGCGCGGAGCCGGCGGCACUGGCCGCCUCCUAUCGCCACCUAUACACGGAGGGCCCGCGGCGCUCCGAGGGGUCGGUGGGCCUGCGGGCGCGCCCGGGCGCAGAGCCGGGGCUGGGGUGGGAACGGAGCGCCGAGCAGCAGCGAGCGCGGGCCAGCGAGAAGGAGCAGCUGCAGGGCCUGAACGAGCGUUUCGCCGGCUACAUCGAAAGGGUGCGGGCGCUGGAGGAGCGGAAUCGGGCGCUGGCGGCAGAGCUGGCGGCGCUGCGGCAGCGGUCGUUGGAACCGCGCCGGCUGGGCCAGCUGCUGGGCGGGGAGCUGCGCGCCCUGCGCGCCCGGCUCGAGGAGGCGCACGGGGAGCGGGCUCAGGCGGCCUUGGAGCGGGCGCGCCUGGCCGAGGAGACGCAGCGGCUGCGGGCGCGCUGCGAGGAGGAGGCGCGGGGCCGAGCCGACGCGGAGCAGGCGCUGCGCUCCCGGCAACAAGCGGCCGAGGCGGCCGCCCGGGCACGCGCCGACCUGGAGCGGCGGGCGGCGGCUCUGCGGGAGGAGCUGGCGGCGAUGCGCAGCGCCCACGCCGAGCAGCUGGCCCAGCUGGGCGCCGAGCUCCGCGCUGCUGCGCCCCCGGCGCCGGCUGCUGCCGGCCGGCCCGAUUUGGCGGCAGCGCUGCGAGAGCUGAGGGCUCAGUACGAGGAUCUGGCGGCCCGCAACCUGCAGGCUGCCGAGGACUGGUACCGCGCCCGCUGCGCCCGUCUCCACGAGCGGGCGGCCCGCAGCCAGGAGGCCGUCCGCGCCAGUCGCCGGGAGGCCGGCGAGUGCCGUCGCCAGCUCCAGGCCCGUUUGGCGGAGAUGGAGAGCCUACGCGGUGCCCACCAGUCUCUGGAGAGGCAGCUGCAGGAGCUGGAGGAGCGGCACAACGCCGAGGCCGCCAGCCUGCAGGACACAAUUGGGCAGCUGGAGGAUGACCUGCGGAACACCAAAAAUGAGAUGGCUCGGCACCUGAGGGAGUACCAAGACCUGCUUAAUGUCAAGAUGGCCCUUGAUAUUGAGAUAGCUGCCUACAGGAAGCUGCUGGAGGGAGAGGAGAACCUCUUCAACAUGGGAAGCACUAGCCUUUCAGAGCCCUAUCCUGUCUCUAACCCCACUUACUCCUUCCAGCCAAGAGGUUUUAGUUCCUCCACUCUGUCCUUCAUGGAGGAGAAGCAAGGAGAGGUUAUUAAAGUGACCUCUAAAAUAUCACACAGCAGGGCUGAGAUGAUUGAGGGGUCCAUAACUUCUGCAAAGAAAAGAGGGAGAUUAAAUGUGCAUGAUGGAAUCCUUGCAAAUGCAAAAAUGUAACCCUCAGGACCCUGCCCAUUUUGAGUCUGAUGAGGAACAGUCUCCACUUGGCCUUUAACUCAUCCCUUCAGGCACAAAGACAUGCUGGGCUUGCAGGAGGCUCUCCCUUAGAAACACAUAGCUCCCUAGGGACAAUGACCUGGGACCAGCUUCCUCAUGGGUCCCACCAUGCGGAGGCUGAGCUUGGCACAUUGCUCCCUUUUAAAUGGGACAGAGGCAUGGACAGGUAGCUUGAUGCAUGUUGGUCAUUGUUAUGGUGGCACAGUGGACUUGUAGCACCCACCAUCCCUCCCCUCCCUCCUCCAACAACAAAUGAGGAGCUUGCUGGGACUGCUGCUCAGCUGGCUCCCUGGGGUUCAUGGGAGAGUGAGGGAGACAUGUCUACUAUGACUAGUUUCAAGGACACAGACCUUUGUCUGCUAUCCAAAUCCGUGUUUAUCCAAACUCUACCCCACUCCUCAAGCUGUAGCUAACCACUUUUAAUUCCAGAAGCACAGAAAUAGCCAUACUGGACUGUUACCACACCUGGUGUCUGGUCUGUGAGCCACUUCUGUUUUAAACUAUAAGGAAUGUUUGUUUUCUCUAUGUCCUGACUGUU